AUGUCGUCGAUACAUAAGCUGUGUAAAACCCUAAGACAUGUGCAUCAGUUUCAUGCACAUUUCAUCACUUCCGGUGGUACGAAUCAGAACUCUGUUCUCGCUAACAUCCUCUUCGCUAUCACCUCUAUAACACCGUCUCCGACAGCGACACAUGCUUUAUCAUCCACUUCUGUCAUCGUGCGUUACGCGAAUUUAGUGUUCAGUUUGAUUACAAACCCAUCUACGUUUUGCUUCAACACGAUCGUUAGAGUCUACACCCUUCACGCGCCGUCUCUCUCUCCCCACAGUUUCUUCGUCCAGAUGCGACGCCGUUCCGUUCCUCCCGACUUCCACACCUUCCCUUUCGUGUUCAAGGCCGCUUGUGCGACGAAGAAGAAGAACGUUAGCUUUGCCUUAGUCGAGGCGCUGCAUUGCCAGGCUCUGAGAUUCGGGCUCCUGUCCGAUUCGUUCGCUUUCAACACUCUGAUCCGCGCCUACUCUGCUUCUUCCUCCAUCGAUAGCGCCUUGAAGCUGUUCGACGAAAAUCCUCAGAGAGAUGUCGUCGCGUACAACGUGUUGAUCGAUGGGUUAGUGAAGGCACGUGAGGUCGCUCGUGCGCGAGAGCUGUUUGAUUCUAUGCCUCAUCGUGAUUUGGUGUCGUGGAACAGUCUCAUCGCUGGGUAUGCGCAGAUGAGCUGUUGCGGAGAAGCGAUCGGCCUCUUCGACGAAAUGGUCGCUUGUGGGUUCAGACCUGAUAACGUGGCGAUUGUCUCGACUCUUUCGGCUUGUGCACGGUCGGGGGACUUGGAGAAAGGGAGAGCUAUACAUGAUUACGUUAAAAGGAACGGGCUUUUUGUUGAUUCGUUUUUAGCUACUGGGUUGGUUGAUUUCUAUGCGAAAUGCGGUUUCAUCGAGACAGCGAUGGAGAUCUAUAGUUUAUGUUCGGACAAGACUCUGUUCACGUGGAAUGCUAUGAUCACUGGUCUUGCAAUGCACGGUUACGGCGAGCUGACAGUUGAUUACUUCCGUACGAUGAUUAGCUCUGGUGUCAGACCUGAUGGAGUGAGCUUCAUAAGCGUUUUAGUGGGUUGCAGCCACGCUGGUCUAGUCGAUGAAGCCAAGAAGCUUUUCGAUGAAAUGGGUUCUCUGUAUGAUGUGGAUAGGGAGAUGAAACAUUACGGGUGCAUGGCGGAUUUGCUGGGAAGAGCGGGGUUGAUCGAAGAAGCGGCCGAGAUGAUUGAGAAAAUGCCUGGAGAUGGAGGAGGAAAGAGAGAGAGGCUGUUGGCGUGGAGCGGUCUGUUGGGAGGGUGCAGAAUCCACGGGAACAUAGAGGUGGCGGAGAAAGCUGCGGAGAGAGUUAUGGAGCUGAGCCCAGAGGAUGGAGGAGUGUAUAAAGUGAUGGUGGAGAUGUAUGCAAAUGCUGAGAGAUGGGAGGAUGUGGUUAAGGUUAGGCAAGUGAUGGAAAGAGAUGAGAGAGUGAACAAGAGUGCUGGAUUUAGUAGAGUUAUGUCCUAAUAACUCCUCAUUACCAUAUCAUCAUUUGGACUUGUAUUAGUAUUUACAAUUUCAAUUUUUUUUUAUCAGAGUUGAAUAUUUGUAAAUUUUAACUAAUAAAUAUUUGUAUAAAAUUAAUAACGCAAAAAUUCUGCAUAAAUUUUAAAAUCAUAGAA